AUCAUGAAAAACAUAUUUUCGUUCCAGGAUGCGUACCUACAAACCAAAAGAAGGUUCCACCAAACGGGUGCCUGUGCCACCAAACUUGCUUAAAAAAGCUGUAGCCGCUGUGCUCGAUGGUCAACAAAUCAAAACAAUCGCCAGGCAGUUCGGUUUACCGGUGAUGACCCUCAAACCCGGAAACAGAAAACUUCCGACAAGUUGAUCCAGUACGAGCCCGAUUAUAGAUCAUCCAGAGCAUUCACAGAUGAAGAGGAGAAAAUGCUCCAGGAUUAUGUGUUGAAAGCAGGCAGGCUUAACUAUGGCCUAGGUCCUCUUGGUGUUCGGCAGUUGGCAUACCAGUUUGCCGUUGCUAAUGAUAAACCUAUCGUCAAGAAAUGGGUUAACGGUGCAUCGUUUGAGUGGUACUGCGGAUUUAUGCGUCGCCGAAAGUGUUUGUCGGUACGGAAAGCGCAGGCAACGAGUCUGAGCCGUGCUACUAGCUUCAACAGACACAACGUUGGCAAGUUUUUCAACAAUUUGAGAUCAAUUAAGGCACGGUAUAAUUUUGAACCAAUGGAAAUCUGGAAUUUGGAUGAAACAGGAAUAACUACAGUUCAGAACCCCCAAAAUGUAGUAGCUGAAAAAGGAUGCAAACAAGUCAACAAGGCUACAUCAGACGAACGUGGAUGCUCAACAACUGUUUUUCUGGAACCGCAGGCAGCACCCAUCCGAGCGGUUGGAUGACUGCUGAAAAUUUUGUGAAAUUUCUCGAACAUUUUGUGAAGCACGUCAAGUGCUCGAAUGAUAAACCGUGCCUAUUGGUUAUGGAUAAUCAUGACAGUCACGUAAGUGUACAUGCUCUA